ACGACCACAUCGUGACGUUGUUCAGGUGGUGCUAGCCAUAUAGCAUACGCUGCUAACUGCAACAUGAAAGUCUCAUGAAGUUGCAGACAGCUUUCAUUUAAGUUUUAGACAUCAACAACCUUUUGGCGAUUGGGAGGAAUUUCAUUACUUUUGAAUAUGGCGACUAAUUAAUUGGCUAGCUUGCAUUAGUUGGGCCACGUUAGCUGGCCAAGUUAACGUUACCUCCAUUACAUAAUCAAGAAGUUUGGGUAACUAGCUAACGUUAGCUAGUUCGUGAUUUUGCUUGGUAGUUGGGGGUUAUUACACCGUUGCUCUGUUGUGAUAGCUAAGUGGGUUGUUUGUUAUUGCUAACAGUUAUCUAGUAACUAGCUAACUAGCGUUAUUUGUCUCCCGUCUGUCGGCACUACACGUUUUGGUUUAUUUUAACAAGUUCGCUUGCUAGCUAUGUUUUGCUGUGUUACCCUUGGUAGCCAUAGCAAGACAACUUUCAUACGGCUUUCUUUCACAAUCAGCUGUUCACUAGUUAACUUAGCGAGCUAACUUGGCUAACCAAAGUGAGGUAGCAUUAGCAACGCGAAUUGGUGGAUUGGUCGUUGGAACUGGCGAGUGAGGGGUUGAUCCGUGAGUGUGUUUGUUAGCUAGGUUAGGUAGCCAACUUGGAUAUUACUUUCUUUUAAAUCUGCAAGUUCAAAGCUAGCUAGCUAAAUUAAGCUUGUCUGUAGCGGGCUAACUAGCUAACGUUAAUGUUACCAGGCUAAGUUGGUUAACGAGAACAGGAAUAUAACAUUAGCUGUGUAGAAAGUGCCAAUCUCAUGGCAACACUUGCUCUGGCUAGCUAUCUAAAUUAGCAACGAGAAAGUAAGAGAUUGCAAUCAGUUUGUCAUUAAAGCAUGUAACGUGGUCAGCUUGUUAUCUAAACAGGAACGUCGUCUUUCUCCGGAGACCUGUUUAUUCAUUUAUUCAGAGUUAGUUAGAGAGCUAACGUGUUGAAUUGUUAUACUGGUGAGAAGGGUAAAUAGGCUAAUCUAGCAGACAGAAUGUCGUCUUUUUCGGAAUCUGCUCUGGAGAAGAAGUUGUUGGAACUUAGCAACUCUCAACAAAGCGUCCAGACACUUUCGCUGUGGAUUAUUCAUCACCGAAAACAUUCUUCGCCCAUUGUGCAUGUUUGGCAUCGAGAACUGAGAAAAGCCAAAACUAGCAGAAAGCUGACUUUCCUGCACCUUGCCAAUGACGUGAUCCAGAACAGCAAGAGGAAAGGGCCAGAGUUCACCCGGGAUUUUGAGUCUGUCCUCGUUGAUGCAUGUUCUCAUGUCGCAAGAGAAGGGGAUGAGGGCAGCACCAAGCCCAUCGAGAGGCUGCUGCACAUCUGGAAGGAGCGUGGAGUAUACCGGCCUGACUUCAUCCAGCAGCUAAAGCUGGCCAUCCAGGACUCAAACAGCCCCAAGCCCAAGCCUGCAGAAGAGAAGAAAGCCAAGAAACGCCCCCACCCGAAGGUGCCGGAGCAAGAGGAGGAGGAUGAGGACAACGACUACAGGGGGCACUACUCUCCAAGAGACACUGACAUGACCGUCCCACACCUGACAGAGGAGCUGGUGAAGGCCCUGCAGGACCUGGAGAGCGCAGCCUCCGGGGACGCCUCCGUGCGACAGAAGAUCGCCUCCCUGCCGCAGGAGGUGCAGGACGUGUCCCUGCUGGAGAAGAUCACCGAUAAGGACGCCGCGGACAAGCUGUCCAGGACGGUGGACGAAGCCUGCCUCCUGCUGGCCGAGUAUAACGGCCGCCUGGCCGCCGAGCUGGAGGACCGCAGACAGCUGGCCCGCAUGCUGACCGAGUACAUCCACAGCCAGAAGGAAGCGCUGUCCCAGAGGGAGAAGAAACUGGAGGAGUACAGGCAGAAGCUGGCCAGGGUGACACAGGUGCGCAAGGAACUGAAGUCCCACAUCCAGAGCCUGCCGGACCUGUCGCUCCUGCCCAACGUCACCGGGGGCCUGGCCCCGCUGCCCUCUGCCGGAGACCUGUUCUCCACGGACUGAACCGCUCCCUUGCCCUCCGCUUCGGCUUUCCGUUAGACUACUGAGGCAAACCCGGGGCCCCGAGCCGCCCGAUAGCUCCUCUACCUUCCGCAGCUGGGAAACGAGCUUUAUUAGAGAAACCUUUUUUCUUAAACUCACGCGUGCACUCACGCACACUUCUGCCCCCUCGGCAGGUUAAAAGGGAAGCAGUGUGUUAAGUAGACUUCAGGUUACAAAACGUUUGUAGUACAGUUUUCUCGUAAUUAUUUUUUAUUUUUUUUUGCUGUGGGUUAGAUUGAAUAGCCGGACCUGACAGACCCAGUUCUCAAAGCCAGGAUUUUAGAUUCGCCAUCAGCACACGGCCAUUUUUCCAUCACAGAAUGGAUUUGGUUGGUCGAUUUCUCGCUAUUGACCGGCCUGAAUGACAAGAAAAUACCACAAUGGCACACUUUAGUCCAGACCCCUGUGAACAUACUAAAUGUUUUGCGUAAGUAUCAGUAAUACUUACUACAUUCAAGGCGUUUCUCUCGCUCAGAGCCUUUGUUAUUUUGCUCAUGUAACUCCUCACUUCGUCCAUCAUUAUUGACCUCCUGGUGGAUUUAAGGCGUAAUGUGAAGGUGGGCUGGAAUCACACUGGAAGUGGCAUACUCUGUUUCUCCACUCAAUUUUAAUGCUUCUUUUCAAUAUCGGUAGUAAAUAAAGUGCUAAUCUGAGGAUUUUGCAUCCCAAGUUUACAUUUUCGGAAAUAAAAUCAUGAGGUUCAUUUUUUCAUAUACACAUAAACACGGAAGUGUUCUUUUGAUUUACUUCCUAAGGCAUCUGAAGAACUUCAAAUUCUCCAUUAGCAUAUUUAAUUGAAUCAAUCGUAUGCUAUAUCUGUGUCUAAUUGUGGACAUUUCACCCAACAUCUUUUGGACCUGUUACUAGGAAUAAAAAUGUAUUCUGCGUCAGAUGUCAUUUAUUGUGCCAGCUUUUAUAGUUGUUUCAAUGUUACCAUGUUCCUAUGCUACAGUAUUGGCCCACUGUACAGUUGGCUCAUAAGCAGUGACCUUUUGGCCUCCCUGAUUUGAAAAACACAACAUGAAAGUAGCACUGGAUGAGGAGUUGCCGCAGCCUUUGAAUAAUCCUUCACGAGAAAGAACCAGCUGGUGAGACAUGUCCAUGGGAGAAACGGUGGGGGAUACAAACGAUAGGCCACAUGCCAGAUUAAAACCUCAAAGGCGAAUAGGUCUGUGUGAGUCAUUUCUUUUCUUGAGUACUUUUUCUCAUGAAAACGCUUCUUCCGAAAUUCCACAGCAGUACAGCCAUACUAUUUUUGAAAUUACAUACCAAAAACAUCAGCUGGGCUUUAAAGAUAAAGACAAGAAGAGAAGCCAAGCACAUGUAUUGACUAGACAAGGUGUCCCAUUUGCGGAAGGAAAUGUGUUUUUGCAUUGUUCCCACCUUGGAAUUUGGCCACAGUUGGGCAGACAUUUAGUGAAAUAGCAGACGUUUGACAAUGUGCCGAAAUGGACCCUUUUCUUGAGAAUAAACUGAGUUAAUUCUUUGGAAUGUCUGCUGGUUUGGGAAAAUGCGAAGAAAACACAAUACAGCCAGUUUUCUGUCUUGGGAGCAUCGGGAAUGUGGUGUAUGGAAAAGCUUCUCCCCUAUUUCCUAUGCUUUUGCGAUUUGAAUAAAGACAUAUUUAAAGAUA